UUGCGCAUACGCAGAUUGCUUGGUGACAGUUUAAUUAGUGCAGUGGACUUUAUAUGAACAGUGGUUAGGAAAACUAUCAAUAUGAAGAUCUUGAUGAGAGCAGAUACACAUUACAGCAUAGGUGUGAGAAGUUCUGAAUAUGAAGAUCCGAAAUAUACGUUUUCACAGGUACUAGCUGCCGUUGCAGUUUCCAUGGGUUCGAUGAUUAUAGGUUUUUCAUCUGGAUACACUUCACCAGCUUUGAUAACCAUGGAAAAUAGUACCGCAUUGUCAAUAACGAAAGAACAGGCAAGCUGGGUGGGCAGUUUAAUGCCGCUAGCUGCGUUAGCUGGCGGCGUCAUUGGUGGACCCCUUGUCGAUUAUAUUGGAAGAAGAAGAACAAUAUUAUUCACUGCGCCACCUUUUUUUAUUGGCUGGAUACUUAUAGGCGCUGCAACUACUGUUCACAUGAUACUAGCCGGCCGUAUUAUAUGUGGUUUAUGCGUCGGCGUAGGAUCACUUGCGUUUCCGGUAUAUCUCGGAGAAACAAUUCAACCUGAAGUAAGAGGUACGCUAGGAUUAUUUCCUACCGCUAUCGGUAACGUCGGAAUUCUAUUAAGCUAUCUGGCUGGUAAAUAUCUUGAUUGGUCUCAACUUGCGUAUUUGGGUGCAGCAUUACCCAUACCUUUUUUCGUUUUAAUGAUCAUGAUACCGGAAACCCCGCAGUGGUACGUGUCACGUGGACUUCCAGAAGAGGCACGUAAAUCACUUCAGUGGCUUCGAGGUAAAAACACAAAAAUAGAUGAUGAAAUGAGUGACAUCGCUAUGAUUAAUGCUGAAAAUGAAGCAAGUGAUUCGGGAAUCAGAGACUUAUUCAACAUUAAAUAUCUAAAAUCAAUACUCAUUUCUCUUGGUCUCAUGACUUUUCAACAACUUUCAGGAAUAAACGCAGUUAUAUUCUACACUGUAACUAUUUUCCAAAUGUCCGGAAGCGCUUUAGAUGAAAAUUUGUCAACAAUAAUUGUAGGAGUAGUAAACUUUUUAUCUACAUUUGUUGCUACAGCCCUUAUCGAUAGAACUGGUAGAAAAGUUUUAUUAUACAUUUCAUCAGUAACUAUUACGGUCACUUUGAUAAUACUAGGCACGUUUUUCUACGUUCAACAUGAUUUGAAAUUAGAUGUGUCCACUCUAGGUUGGCUUCCUCUGACCUGCCUAAUGGUGUAUUUAGUAGGAUUUUCCUUAGCAUUUGGCCCAAUUCCUUGGUUGAUGAUGGGUGAAAUUCUGCCAGCAAAAAUUAGAGGAGCAGCAGCAUCAAUCUGUACAGCAUUUAAUUGGUUAUGUACUUUUACUGUCACAAAGACUUUCAUAAAUAUUCUUGACGGAAUUGGCCCUGCUGGAACAUUUUGGCUGUUUGGCUGUAUAUGUUUUGUUGGUUUAUUUUUUGUAGUCGUUUGUGUACCGGAGACUCGAGGAAAGAGCCUUGAGCAAAUCGAAAAUAAAAUGAUGGGCAGAGAAACUCCGAGAACGCGUCGAAUGAGCUCGAUAGCUAAUAUCAAGCCAUUGCCUAGUGGAUGCUAAAGUACAUACGGAGCAUAUCAUAACAUAAAAAAGAUACGGGGAGACUGCCUUGCUUUGCUGAGAAUCAGAUUUUUUUUAUGUGCAUAAUUCGUGAUUGCAUAUUUACAAAGAAGAGAAAGUAUAGACAGUUGAUA